AAUUUUAUUUUUCUCAAGCUCUACCUACGCGGGUAUCACGUAACGACGUCAAUUAUACUUCGUUGAGACGAAUAAUAAAUGCUCGAGGCUAGUCGUUGUCAGAGGUCAUCGAUAACAUCUUUAGUCUGACCAUCUCAGCGAACUAAUCGAAGUUAUAUCGUCGAUUUGCCGUGUUCCCACUCGCCAAUUCGUGAAUUGCUCCAUUUCUCUCAUUCGAAAUAGUCUCAUUGAAGCGCACUAAAGAAUAAUUAAACACGUCGCCAUGUCGGAAACCCAAAGAAUUGCGAUCCUCUCCGUCUUUGACAAGACUGGAUUGUUGGACCUAGCUAAGGGUCUCGUGCAGCAGAAUGUGCGAAUCUUAGCGUCCGGAGGCACAGCUAAGAUGAUUCGCGAGUCUGGAUUCCCAGUCGAGGACAUCUCAGCUAUCACAAAAGCACCUGAAAUGCUCGCUGGCAGAGUCAAGACCCUUCAUCCAGCUGUCCAUGCCGGUAUCCUCGCGCGUAACCUAGCUUCUGACGAGAAAGAUCUUGCCGAGCAAAGUAUCAGCAAGGUCGACUAUGUCAUUUGCAACCUGUACCCAUUCAAGGACACAAUCUCCAAGCCCAAUGUCACUGUCCCAGAGGCUGUGGAAGAGAUCGACAUAGGAGGUGUUACACUGAUCCGUGCAGCUGCCAAGAACCACGCUCGCGUGACCAUCCUCAGCGACCCGAACGAUUACCCUGAGUUCUUAAAGGAACUCGAAAGUGGAGAGAUUAAGGAGGCAAGCCGCAACAGAUAUGCCCUCAAGGCCUUCGAGCACACGGCCGAUUACGAUGCUCACAUCUCUGGUUUCUUCCGUUCGCGAUAUGCUGGUGAGGGUCAACAAUACCUACCUCUUCGAUAUGGCGCCAAUCCCCACCAGAAGCCGGCUGCUGCAUAUGCGUCAUCUAGUAACUUGCCAUUCAAGGUUAUUAACGGAGCCCCCGGCUACAUCAACUUGCUUGAUGCUUUGAACAGCUGGCCCCUCGUGAAGGAAUUGAAGGCCACCCUUGGAAAGCCUGCGGCUGCUAGUUUCAAGCACGUCUCGCCGGCAGGUGCUGCUAUUGGUGUUCCAUUGAGUGCGGAGGAGCGCAAGGUCUACUUCGUUGACGAUAUCCAGGGCAUUGAGACUUCAGGGCUUGCUCAGGCAUAUGCUCGAGCUCGAGGAGCCGACCGAAUGAGCAGCUUCGGAGAUAUCAUUGCUCUCAGCGACGUAGUAGAUGUCCCUACCGCUAGCAUCAUCUCUAAGGAGGUCUCCGAUGGUGUUAUUGCUCCUGGAUAUGAGGAUGCGGCUUUCGAGAUCCUCAAGAAAAAGAAGGGAGGCAAAUACCUCGUCCUUCAGAUGGACCCCGAGUAUGAGCCCGACCCAACCGAAUUCAGAACUGUGUACGGUGUAACCCUCACGCAGCACCGCAACGAUGUGGUGAUCUCCCCGGCUUCUUUUACUCGUACCAUUACCCCGAAGGAUUUUGCCCUUCCGGAGUCUGCUGCCAGAGACUUAACCGUCGCUACGAUCGCCCUGAAAUACACACAGAGCAACUCGGUGUGCUAUGCCAAGGAUGGGCAAAUUAUUGGUCUUGGAGCAGGUCAACAGUCUCGUAUCCACUGCACCCGUCUAGCGGGUGACAAGGCCGACAACUGGUGGCUGCGCUUCCACCCCCGUGUUCUGGGUAUCAAGUGGAAGAAGGGCACCAAGCGACCCGACAAGAGCAAUGCCAUUGACCUACUCGUCAGUGGUGAAUUACCAAAGAGCGGACCGGAGCGAGAGCAAUUCGAGGCGGUAUUCGACGAGGUGCCCGCCGCCUUCACGGAGGAAGAGCGCAACGACUGGCUUAGCAAGCUGGGAGAAGUCGCCGUCUCUAGCGAUGCUUUCUUCCCCUUCAUCGAUAACAUCUACCGCGCGCACCGAUCUGGCGCCAAGUAUAUCGCGGCCCCUGGUGGCAGUCAAAACGACGGCGCUGUCUACGAGACGUCCGAGAAGCUCGGCAUUGUCUUCGUGGAGCAGAACAUUCGACUCUUCCACCACUAGAAAGUGGAUAUCGUGGAUCAAAAAGGGUGUGCAUUACUUAACAUAACGGACGGAAAGUCGCGGCCGGGAUAGAGAAAACUGAAAAGAUGAAGGGAAAACAGAUACUAAAUAUCCAGCUAACACAGCAGCAUAGAUACCCGCGGGGAUAUAAAAGGGGCAAGUGGGUAGGAAGGACUCUUGAUCUAGGGGCAUGACUUUUCUUGUACAAUCGAUAUUUCCGAGUUUGCUAAUGGUAAAUCGAUACAUGGUUUCAGCAAAC